AUGGCCCUCAUGUACGGGAAAGAGAAGGACAGUGAGACGCUGGAUUUAGAUACCGUCACAGAUCCUGGGUUUUGUUCGUUCUUCGCCAAGUUACCCGCCAAGUCGCCCGAGACGCACGGCACUCUUCGUCUCUUCGCGCGACAUGCCUCGGAUAAAGACUACUUCUCCGCUCAUGGUCCCGACGCUCACUACGUCGCUCAGCACGUCUUCCACACGAACAGCGUGAUUAAAUGGCUCGGCAAGGGCUCGAGCGGGCCGAACAAGACCGGCCUCGCGAGCGUGACGAUGAACGAGAUGAUGGCCAAAGGUUUCUUGCGAGAGGCCCUAACGGCAAAGCAGCUUCGUGUAGAGAUCUGGGUACCGGAGAAGGGACAAGGCAAGAAGGCGACGAAGUUCGUGCUUGACAAAGAGGCGUCUCCGGGAAACCUGCAAGCCGUGGAGGAUAUGCUGUUCGUUAAUACGGACCUCAUGACUGCACCCAUGGUCAUGGCAAUAAAGAUCGCCUCGUCAUCAGGUCCGCCUGGCUCGACAUACGUCAAAGCCACCACGAAGAAUAUCGGGGUCGCAUUUGCGGACACGACACUGCGCGAGAUUGGCGUAGCGGAUUUCGCCGAUAACGACCUUUUCUCUAAUACAGAGUCUCUGAUCAUACAGCUUGGCAUCAAAGAAUGUCUCGUUCCCACUGGCACAGUCUCGGGCAAGACCGACCGGGACGUCGACCUCAAUAAGUUGAAAGCCGUCCUAGAACGAUGCGGUGUCGUGUGUACGGAGCGAAAACCAAGUGAAUUCAACUCCAGAAGCGUCGAAGAUGACCUUACGCGACUGCUCAAACCCGAAGCGUCAUCGUCUACUACUGCGUCGACUAGCGAACAACUCUCGCUACCAGUCGCACCGGCUUCGUUGAACGCUUUGAUCACGUAUCUUUCGCUACUUUCUGAUCCGGCGAAUCACGGGACAUGGACGAUUCGUACACACGACCUCUCGCAAUUCAUGAAACUUGACGCAAGCGCCCUUCGUGCCCUUAAUCUUGUCGAUGGACCAAACGGCGAGACCUCCGCAAACAAGAACACUACACUCCUCGGCCUGCUCAACAAGUGCAAAACAGCGCAAGGUACUCGAAUGCUGGCUAGCUGGCUCAAGCAACCACUGGUUAAUUUGCACGAGAUCCGGAAGAGGCAAGAUCUCGUCGAGAUUUUCGUGGAGGACGCAAAUUCUCGGAGGACGUUACAGGACGAAUAUCUGAAGCUGAUGCCCGAUCUACACCGCAUCUCCAAGCGCUUCCAGAAGAAUGCUGCAUCGCUCGAAGACGUGGUCCGCGUGUACCAGGCUGUACUGAAGCUUCCGGGCAUCAUCGAAUCGCUAGCGAACGUCGAGUCAACCUCAAUGCACGCGAAAGAACUCAUCGACGAAAUUUACCUCGUUAAACUUCGUGAAUACGACGGCAGCUUGAACAAGUAUGGCGAGAUGGUGGAGACGACCAUCGACCUGAACGAGCUCGACAACCACAACUACGUCAUUAAGCCGGACUACGACCCGAAGUUGCAGGAGCUGGCAGAAAAGCUGAUGAAGACAAGGGAUGGCUUGGACGACGAGCAUCGCGAAGUGGGGCGGGACCUCGGUCUUGAACUCGACAAACAAAUCUUUCUUGAAAACUCUCCGACGUACGGGUAUUGUUUUCGUUUGACCAAAGGAGUGUCGAAGGCGGUUCACAACAAAAAGAAUUAUUAUGAACUUGCCACGACCAAGAGCGGCGCAUUCUUCACAACGUCUAACCUUCGAGACCUUGCCAACGAGUACAAGGAUCUAACGGAUUUGUACGCCCGGACGCAGGCGGGCUUGGUGAAAGAGAUCGUGAGCAUAGCUUCGACGUAUACUCCGGUUUUGGAGCUGUUCAAUGUCGUCCUGGCGCACUUGGAUGUGAUAUUAAGCAUGGCACACGUUGCAGUCAAUGCACCUGAAGCGUACGUCAAGCCGAAGGUUCUUCAAAAAGGAUCCAGUAGUUUGAUACUCAAAGCCGCGAGGCAUCCCUGCCUCGAGGUCCAAGACGAUAUCAGCUUCAUACCGAACGAUGUUGAGAUGAUCAAGGGUGAAGGCGAAUUCCAGAUCAUUACGGGGCCGAACAUGGGUGGCAAAAGCACAUAUAUCCGACAGGUUGGCGUUAUAGCCCUCAUGGCUCAAGUUGGCUCUUUCGUGCCCUGCGAGGAAGCCCAACUUCCUAUCUUUGAUUCGAUUCUUUGCCGCGUCGGCGCUGGUGAUAGCCAGCUGAAGGGCAUCUCGACUUUCAUGGCGGAAAUGCUGGAGACUGCGGCUAUCCUUCGAUCGGCAUCAUCGAAUUCGCUCAUCAUUAUUGAUGAGCUAGGUCGAGGAACGUCUACGUAUGAUGGCUUCGGUUUGGCUUGGGCCAUCUCUGAGCAUAUUGCCUCGAAGAUUCACGCCUUCUGCAUGUUCGCGACGCACUUUCACGAAUUGACCUCGCUGGACCAGCAGCUACCUCAUGUCAGGAACUUACAUGUCGUAGCCCACGUCUCCAAAAGAGGCUCAGAAUUGAACGACCGCGAUAUCACCCUGCUGUACAAAGUCGAGCCCGGCGUCUGCGACCAAAGCUUUGGCAUUCACGUCGCGGAAUUGGCAAACUUCCCACAAAGCGUCGUCAAGCUGGCGAGACGAAAGGCUAAUGAACUCGAAGACUUCGGGCGCGACGAGGCCGAGGACGCCGAGUUCUCUGAAGAGGUGACAGAGGAGGGUGUCGAACUCGUUGAGGAGCUGCUGCGGACGUGGGCAACGAGGUCCGCAGGCGGAAGCGAUGAAGACGUUGACAUGGACGCCGCCGAUCUAACUCCAGAACAACAGUUGGAGGAACUGAAGCGUUGCGUUGAAACCUUCAAACCUCGCAUCGAAGCCAACCCCUGGGUACGCUCACUGCUCACCGAAUUAUAAUCGCUAUCGUCCCACCGCGAUUCACUGCCGAUGUAUUAUAUGCGCGAUCGUUGUUAAUCGUCAUUCUGUC